AGAGCCCUUGAACGCUGAUCUACGGAUCAGCAUUUAGUUCAAAUUACAUUUUUGAGAGGAAAAUCAGAAGCUAGCUGUAAUAUUAUUUGCUAAAUAUUAUAUGUUCAACUUAUUGUCUGAAACUAUCUAAAUGGCCGCCGGCUGAACUCAGUGGGACUCAGGUUAAAACAUAGCUAACAGUAUGUUUGGGAACAAGUCUGCCUGGUUUUCAAGCAGUGUGCCUCAAACACGACAAAACAUGUGGAUUGUGGAAGGUGGGACCAUUACUUGUUGGAGGAAAGCAGAUUACCUCUUCAGUGAGGAUGCUUCAUGUCCUGAUACUCUGAGGAUAUUUGAGAGCAAGGAUUACCUUUGGAAUAAGGUGGUGGUUUUCCACAGCCGGUUUCUGUCUGUCUGUGAGGAGCGCCAGAGUGUGAAGUCUGUGUGUAUCGGUCAUUAUGUGCUGCCCCCAGCCUCAGUGCAGGAUGAGGUGAGAGAGGUGGUUGGGAGGUUGAUUUGGGAGAGUGAAGAUGAGCUGUCGGUGGUCCAGGUUUCCCCUAAGAGCUGUAGCUGCCAAAUUGAUGACAGUUCUAGCACAGACUCAUCUGAAAGUGAAGCUCCUCCAUGUGGUCAUUAUCUAGACAGUGACAAACUUACAGGAUACAUCAGCAUGGACAACCUGAAGAGAUAUUCUGGUGAUCUGGCUGAUUAUCAUCCUGGUUGUUUCCGGUGCUCUAACUGUGAGGCUCAUUACUGCUUGCAGCAGACUUAAAAAAAAAACAUACAAUAAAAGAAGGCUGCUUCAAGAGGGACAAGUAGUAGUUGUGCUGUUCUUAGUAGCAAGGUAGUUAUUAUUUACUGUGUUUUCCCUUCUGAUCUUCACUUUGAAAUAAUUUCCCCAAUUGGUGAUCAAUAAAGUCUAUAAAUCCUAUUGUAUAGAAAUAAAUGUGUUAUGAUCUCUCUCAAACGAUACUGAAAUACCUUGAAUAUCCGACUUUAGCUGACAUCAAAAGCUACGAGUAUGUCACAGAAUUAUUUCAGCACCACAUAUAUUCCAGGAACAAAAGUGAAAAUUGAAUAAAGCCCCAAAACAACAUGA